AUGCCAGGUGGUAUCACCAAAAACACUCGUAAGCAGCGCGAUAUCGCUCUUGCAGCCGCCAAUGCCUUCUUGACCGUGUCUGCUGACAUACAGGCGACGAUACUUGCUACUGCUCACAAUGAGCGCGACCGCCGCAGUAAGCCUACGCACCUCCUGGGACUUCCAGGAGAGCUACGCAAUAAGAUCUACAGUCUCGCCCUCGUCAGCGAAUCGGACAUUACGGUGACAGCUACAGGCCCGUCGCAGCCACCGCUGAUCAGGACCUGUCAUCAGAUCCGCGAGGAGGCACUUUCAGUCUAUUACACCGACAAUUCCUUCACGCUCAGGGUGCAGGAUCACAACGGCGUGGCUUUGGAACAUUUCUCUUUGCUUCGUCGACAGUACUUUGACGGUACUCGAGGGGACAGGUUAUCGAAGACGACAGUGCAAAGAGUCGGCAAACGUAGCUGGAAGAAUUUGUUGGCAUGGCUGGAAGCGGCUCACUCGAGAGGCAUGGACAUACCUGUUCUGCCCCCGUCAUCCACUGCAUUGCAGUCAAGGGAGAAGGUAUUGUUGUAUUCGCUAGCAGACACGGCGGGAGUACAGUUGCGUCAGGCACCAUGGGAUACUGUCAAAGUGGUCCUAAAAGGGAUGAGACCAGCUUUGGUCAGACACCACUCGAAGUGGGGUGUGGAUUGA